GAAUUUUGCAGCGAACCUCACGCACCUAAUUAUCUACCACCCGAAUGUUUUUUGGAAUUUUUUGAAUUUUUCUAGUAUUUUUUUAAUUUUUUCCGUGAGCGCGGGUGCAGAUUCGCCGCACUCCUCGAUCAACACACAACACAAGACAAUAUGCGUUCAGCUCCCCACCUCCACCUCGCGGUCUGGGCCCUUCUCCUCCUGCACUUCGCAGCCUUCGUCCCGGAAGCCAGAGCACAGCAGGAAAUCGACGAUGAGUCGGAGUUCAGCUACGACAGCAGGUCCGAGAACGGGCCGGAGAACUGGGGCAAGAUCAAGGAGGAGUGGGUGACGUGCGCCACCGGGCGGGUGCAGUCCCCCAUCGACCUCUCUGACCGCCAUGCCGCACAGGCGCCCAACCUCGGGUACCUCCACCACUCCUACCGCCCUGCCGAGGCCUCCAUCGUCAACCGUGGCCACGACAUCACGGUGACAUUCCAGCGCGACACCGGGAGCUUGUGGAUCAACGGCACUGCUUACCACCUCAGGCAGGUGCACUGGCACUCCCCCAGCGAGCACCACCUAAACGGCCGCCAGUACAGCCUGGAGCUCCACAUGGUUCACCUCAGCGCCGAGAACAAGGCUGCCGUGAUCGGCCGCCUCUAUAAGAUCGGUAGGCGCGACCAUUUCCUGCACGAGCUAGAGCCUUACCUGCGGAGGAUGGCAGGCAUGAAGGAGAAGGAGGAGAAGGUUGGCGUGGUGGAUCCCUGGGAGGCGAGAGGCGAUGGUGAAGCCUACUACCGGUACAUGGGCUCCCUCACCACGCCGGCGUGUGAUGAGGGGGUCAUCUGGACCGUCAUCAAGAGGGUUGCUACCGUGUCGACUCACCAAUUGAAGCUUCUCACGGACGCUGUCCACGAUGGCUUUGAGAUGAACGCGAGACCCCUUCAGAAGUUGAAUGGCAGAUAUAUCAGCUUUUUCUGCCCUCAUGAUGACCAUGAACGCUAUUACGCUGCUGCUGAUCAUUAA